AUGAACAGACCAAGCAGUAAAUCGAAAGAAGAUGGUCGCUGUCUCUUAAUUAAAUUGCUAAAAUGGGAAACUUUUGAUGAAGAGAAAGAUUUAAAACCAGGCAUUCUUCUAGACUAUCUGUACAAUACUAUUAUAUUUGCUGCUGAGAAAGGAUUUCCAUGGCCCACUGUGGCACUGGCAGUGUGUUUUUCAGAGGAACUACUUCACGAAACUGAAGGGAAAACCAAGCAAGAGGCUCUUCAAAAGUUGAGAGAUAAAUGUAAACAGUACCAACAUAAACUAAAUCCUAAUUUCCUUGAACAUUUAGUCAACCAUUUACUUGGAACUUUCUUUAAACAUUAUCGUCUCUACCAAUUUGUACUGUGUGAACCCAGAGAGAUUGAACAAACCAUAUAUCACCUUGAGGUCCAUAUACCCGAAGAAGUACCACCUCUGAAGGAUGGUAUAGAUGUGAAACUUUGGAAGUACCAGAAACACAUGACUAAACUCAGCGAGGCAGAAGCUCAGUUACAGGCUGAUAUGUUAGCUUUCCGUGAGACCAUGCAGCUGAAAGGUGAGCAAGAACUGGAGAAAUUUUAUGAAGAUCUCAAAUUUCAAGAUAAAGAAGUGAUUGACAGAGCAAAUCUAGAAAAAAUUGUCAAGGAUGCUCACACUAUACAGAUGACGAUAGCUUCUGAAAUUCUGCAAAAAGAGAUUGAAACUGCAUUUCAAGUCCUAGAUGUAAAAUUCCAGAGGAUAACUAUGCCCUUUCCAGCUCCCAAAUCGUUUCACUCCUCUUCAACAAAGGGAAUUAAAAUUGUAAAAAUGAGAACAAAGAAAUAG